GUGUGACAGUGUAAGUGGGAAAUCCUGCACUGAUGUGGUUUCAGCUCUCUGUACAAAUCCAUCACACAUCAGAGAGCUGAAUAUGACUUGGUGUAAACUAGGAGACUCAGGAGUGGAGAAGCUCUGUGAUCUACUGAAGAAACACGAGUGUAAACUGGAGACACUGCUACUGUGUGAGAGUGUAAGUGUGAAAUCCUGCGCUGAUGUGGUUUCAGCUCUCUGUAGAAAUCCAUCACACAUCAGAGAGCUGGAUCUGAGUGUGUGUGAACUAGGAGACUCAGGAGUGGAGAAGCUCUGUGAUCUACUGAAGAAACACGAGUGUAAACUGGAGACACUUAUACUGUGUAAGAGUGUAAGUGUGAAAUCCUGCACUGAUGUGGUUUCAGCUCUCUGUACAAAUCCAUCACACAUCAGAGAGCUGGAUCUGAGUGGGUGUAAACUAGGAGACUCAGGAGUGGAGAAGCUCUGUGAUCUACUGAAGAAACACGAGUGUAAACUGGAGACACUGUGGUGA